AUGGCCUCCAAUCCCGCCGCGCUUCUUCUGCUCCUCGUCCUUGCCGUCAUCUGCGCGAUCGUCACGGCUCACGCGGCGGCAGGCGAGCGCGCGGAUCGCCUUACUAAUAACGCGCGCGCGCGAGUGCGCGGCGUCGGCGGCGCAGCCGAUGCUAUGUCUGCCAGAAGCCUCAGAAUCGAAAGCACAGUGGGAAGCAGAAACGGGAGCACGCGGGUGGGGGUGGGCGUGGGGAUUGGCAGCGGCGGCGGGGCGGUGGAGGCGAGCGUGGCGGUGGGCACGCAGAUCACGGUGUCGGGCGUCAGUCUCAACGUCAGCUUCGACGCCCUCCGCUGCUUCAGGUUCCCCCAGGCCGCGCUCAGGGCGCUCAAGGCGGGGCGCGGCGUGCAGGUGUGGUGGAACGGCCUCGCAGGCGGCAACAAAGGCCACAGCAAGAGUGGGGGGAGUUCGCGUGGGAAGGAGGCGGGAACGGAUGCGGCGCCGGGUGCGGCGUGCAAGCAGCUGCGGUUCUUUGCCAACCCCGCCUGCAAGGGCAAGGCGCUGGAUGAGGUGCUGAAGCCGCAAUACGCCGGCCUGCGCAGAUUCUUCAACGUGCCCAGGUGGGUGUUGGGGCACGUGGGGCAUGGGAGCACGUGGUGA